GCCCGAGAUCUCGGGGGUGGGGCGGGUUUCUGAGCGCGAGCUGCCCACCCUCGGGAGGCCCCACACUCCGGCAGGCCCGCGAGGAAGCCCCUCCUCCCGGGCGGAGACGGCUCCCAGGAGUGCCCGGAGGCCGCCGCCGCCGCCUGGCAGAAUUUCUGUCGCUGCUGAGGCGCGGAGUAUGGGGCUCUGAUGGCCAUGGACGGCUACAGGGGCUUUCUGGGGCUGCUGGUGUCGGCGCUGCUCGUCGGCUUCCUGUCCGUGCUCUUCACCCUCAUCUGGGUCCUCCACUACCGGGAGGGACUCGGCUGGGACGGGACCGCGCUCGAGUUUAACUGGCACCCGGUGCUCGUGGUCACUGGCUUCGUCUUCAUCCAGGGCAUCGCCAUCAUCGUAUACAGACUGCCAUGGACCUGGAAAUGCAGCAAGCUCCUGAUGAAAUCCAUCCAUGCAGGUUUACACGCUGUUGCUGCCAUUCUUGCAAUUAUCUCUCUGGUGGCUGUUUUUGAUUUCCACAAUGCCAAGAAUAUCCCCAACAUGUACAGUCUACACAGCUGGGUCGGACUGACGGUCGUCAUACUCUACAUCUUACAGCUUCUCCUAGGUGUUUCCAUCUUUCUGCUUCCUUGGGCUCCACUUUCUCUCCGAGCACUUGUCAUGCCCAUACAUGUUUACUCCGGACUGCUCAUCUUUGGAACAGUGAUCGCAACGGUACUUAUGGGAGUGACUGAGAAAUUGUUCUUUGCCCUGAAGAGUUCUGGGUACAGUACAUCUCCACCGGAAGGUGUUUUCACAAAUACCCUGGGCCUUCUGAUUGUGGUAUUUGGGGCCCUCAUUUUUUGGAUAGUCACCAGACCACAAUGGCAGCGUCCUAAGGAACCAAAUUCGAUCUUUCUUCAGCCAAAUGGAGGUGCUCAAGAGGGAGUGGAAGGCUCAGCAAUAAACUUUAGCAACGUGGACAAAUCAGAUUCAGAAUUAAACAAUGAAGCGGCAGCAAGGAAAAGAAACUUCAUCGUUGACGAGGCUGGUCAGAGAUCCACCAUGUAAAGGGUUGUAGAGAUGUGGCCAUAUCACUUCACUUUUACAAACUAGCUCUACAGUUUAUCGCUUCUUCUCUCUAGCCCCAAGGUGAUUGGGCCACAGAGUCAAUAUUUAUUUUAAUCAUAAAGUAGGAUUCCUUGGAAGAGUUUGUAUUGAUUGAGGCCUAUGAACUUACCUGAAUUGGAAAGGAGAUGAUCGUGUAAAUAAUAGCAGAUAUAAAUUGUGGUUAUGUUACCUCUU